CGCCGUCGCCGAACAACUCACCACCGCCCGCGCCACCCUCUGGGACCCCAAGUUCACCACCCACAGCAACAUCUCGGUGCGCAGUUUGGGAGGCGGACACACGAUUGAACCGAUGGACAAACGACAUCCCUCCAGCUUCCAGCAGCUGGAGAAGCUGGGGGAAGGGACUUAUGCCACAGUCUUCAAAGGCCGCAAUGGCUCGACUGGCCAGUUCGUGGCGCUCAAGGAAAUCCACCUUGACAGCGAAGAAGGCACGCCCAGCACCGCCAUCCGCGAAAUCAGCCUGAUGAAAGAGCUUAAGCACGAGAACAUCGUCUCCCUCUACGACGUCAUCCACACCGAGAACAAGCUCAUGCUCGUCUUUGAAUACAUGGACAAGGAUUUGAAAAAGUACAUGGACAGCUACCAGGCACCUGGUGGAGGGCCCCGCGGCGCCCUCGAAGCCAACACCAUCAAGAGCUUCAUGUGGCAGCUCCUGCGUGGCAUCGCCUUUUGCCAUGAAAACCGCGUCCUGCACCGCGAUCUGAAGCCGCAGAAUCUGCUCAUCAACACCCAAGGCCAACUCAAACUCGCCGAUUUCGGCCUUGCGCGUGCUUUCGGCAUCCCCGUCAACACCUUCAGCAACGAAGUCGUCACCCUCUGGUACCGCGCACCCGACGUCCUCCUGGGCUCCCGCACCUACAAUACCAGCAUCGACAUCUGGUCCGCAGGCUGCAUCAUGGCAGAGAUGUUCACCGGCCGGCCCUUGUUCCCCGGCACGACGAACGAAGACCAACUACAGAAGAUCUUCCGCCUCAUGGGCACGCCUUCGGAGCGCUCGUGGCCUGGCAUCUCCAGUUUCCCAGAGUACAAGACGACGUGGCCGGUGUACGCGACGCAGGAGCUGCGCGCCAUCCUGCCGCAGAUGGACGGGCUGGGACUGCAGUUGUUGGGCCAGAUGUUGCAGAUGAGGCCGGAGAUGCGCUGCUCGGCGCAGCAGGCCCUCAACCACCCUUGGUUUGCAGAGCUGAAUCAGAGGAGCCAACAGCAGGCGGCGGCGCAGGGGCAGUUUGCUCCUGUGCAGGGCAUGGUGGCUGGGCAGCAGAGGGCUUACUAGAAUUUCGACUCGCGGCGCUAUCAAGGGGGUCCGUAGGUACAUCACACGCGCCUCCCGGACGGUCGCGGCGAGAGGUCAGGAGUUUUGGGCUUGGCUACUGUGGAUGAACGGAAAAUAUCGCUGUUUUGAGAUCGUGUACUCUAUUGCUUAGGGUUGGAACAUUGCUUGCUAUUAAGUUCAUGGUGAUGAAUGAUUCGGAAGAAAUGAUCGCAUUGAAAGUCU